AUGAGUGGAUUAUUUCACAGAAAUAUAUUGGUGGCAGCAGCGGUAUGCUGCUCUGUGCUGGUCCGGUCUGUCCUGGGGUCCCCAGUGUUAGCGCAAGAGCCGAUCCGAUGCGCCCCGUGCUCACCGGAGAAGCUGAGCGAGUGUCCAGCGGUGGCGCCCGGCUGUGCGGAGGUUCUGCGGGAGCCUGGUUGUGGAUGCUGCCUCGCUUGCGCCCUGAAGACGGGGGAUCUGUGCGGAAUCUACACGGCGCCAUGCGGGUCCGGACUGAGGUGCACCCCGAGACCCGGCGACCUCCGGCCGCUGCACUCCCUCACUCGCGGCCAGGCUGUGUGCACUGAGAUCCCCGAGCCCGAGAGCAGCUCUGUGUCCCAAAACCCCGAACAAGGAGCGGCGGACAAUGCCGAGACAGAGAACACUGCCAUGGUAUCAGACUCCGGCUCCAGCCUCUAUCUCCACGGCCACAGCAAGCCCUUCGAUCCCCGGGCCGCCGCGGACGCGCUGGAGAGCAUGAAAGCCAAAGUUAACGCAAUCCGAAAGAAAUUGGUGGAGCAGGGUCCCUGUCAUGUGGAGUUACAGAGAGCUCUGGAGAAGAUCGCUAAGUCACAACAGAAGCUAGGAGACAAACUCAUCAGGUUCUAUCUGCCAAACUGUGACAAACACGGACUCUACAAAGCCAAACAGUGUGAGUCAUCUCUUGAUGGACAGAAAGGCAGGUGUUGGUGUGUGUCCUUCUGGAAUGGAAAGAAGAUUCUGGGAUCCACUGAUCUGGAGGGAGAUGCUGAGUGCGCUUAUGAGAUCAACCACUGA